AUGGCAAGACAAACCGAGCACUAUGACGGCAACGGGAGACCAAUCGGUUCCACGCGAAGAACGGGUCCUGCUCGCCGUCAGGGCCUAUCAGCAGGGCCAAUUCAAAAGUACCCGCAAGGCUGCGGCCGCAUACGACGUCCUCAAUCGACAGUAUCUGAUCGACUGCGCGGUGUCAUUCGCCGACGCGACGCUCAGAUGAACAACCUGAAGUUGACGGCGACGGAAGAGACUGCCCUGGUACAAUGGAUCUUGUCGAUGGACGAGCGAGGGAUGCCGCCGACAGUGGCUUACACUCGUCGGAUGGCCAACUUAUUGCUUUCCGAGCGAGGCAAAGAUCCUGUCGGGGAAAACUGGGUGCGGAAGUUUGUUGGCCGCCACGGCGAAAUCAAGGCAAAGUACUCUCGCCGAUACGACUACCAACGAGCCAAAUGCGAAGACCCCCAAAAGAUCCAAGGAUGGUACGAUCGAGUCGCGGCGACGAAACAGAAAUGGGGGAUUCUUGACGAGGAUGUCUAUAACUUUGAUGAGACGGGGUUUCAAAUGGGAGUCGCUGCAACGGCGAGUCCUUACCCGGUCUGA